UAGGAAGAUAGGGGGCGGUUCGGUGGGAGGAGUCUGGACCCACCAUGGCCGCCGCCAGCAGGAGCAAACAUCAUAGCGGUUCCAAAUCACCAGUCAGCUUAAUUUACAGAAGGAAAACAAUGCCUUUGAAAAUAUUUUGGUGUGUUGUCUCUCUUCUUUUCGCUGUAAACCGAUGUUUUGCCGAAGAUGACCACGAAAUGGAAGAGUUUCUGAAGCGGGAGUUUUCCCUUUCCAAGCCUUACCAAGGUGUGGGCUCUUUAGGUUCCUCCCACUGGGAGCUGAUGGGGGAUGCCAUGGUAACCACCGAGCAGGUGCGCCUCACACCUGACAUGCAGAGCAGGCAGGGGGCAGUGUGGAGCCGCAUCCCUUGUCAUCUUAAGGACUGGGAGAUGCAGGUGCACUUUAAGAUUCAUGGACAAGGAAAGAAGAACCUGAAUGGAGACGGGCUGGCCAUUUGGUACACGAAGGAACGCAUGCAGAAAGGUCCUGUAUUUGGGAAUAUGGACAACUUCACUGGUCUGGGUGUGUUUGUGGACACUUAUCCUAAUGAGGAGAAACACAUAGAGGCGCAGAAGAAAAGAUACACUCCCCGCACACAGAGGAUCUUCCCCUUCGUUCUGGCCAUGGUGGGGAACGGCACCGUCAGCUACGACCACGAGCGGGACGGCCGGCCCACGGAGCUGGGCGGCUGCAACGCCAUGGUGCGCAACCUCAAGCACGACACCUUCCUCUUCAUCCGAUACAUCCGCCGCAGGCUCACGGUGAUGAUUGACAUCGACGGGCAGCACGAGUGGAGGGACUGCCUGGACUUACCUGGGGUGCGGCUGCCAAAGGGCUAUUAUUUCGGAGCUUCGGCAGUCACUGGAGAUCUCUCAGAUAACCAUGACAUCAUUUCUCUGAAACUCUACCAACUGACCGUUUUAUGGAGUCAAAAGGAAGAAGGAGAGGAGGAAGAUGAAAUAACUAUUCCCAGUGUGGACAACAUGGAGCUACUCAGAUUGGGUCAGAUUGAAGAAGGGAUGAGCGGCGUAGCUAUUUUCUUCACCGUGCUCUUCUCCCUGCUGGGCUGCAUCUUCCUCGUCAUCAUCGGCCUGGUGGUCUACAGCCACUGGAACGAGAGCCGGCGCAAGCGCUUCUACUGAGGAAGGAGCCGGAAAAAGGAGCGUUCGCAGACAACUACUGAGGUCCACGGACCCCGACUGCACUGAGACGAAAGUGAGGCGCUGCCGUGGGCGGGUGGAGCGGGUGUGGCUCGUUUUACCCCGAGGACAACGCUGGUUUGACACUAGACGGAGAUGAUGUGUGCCCUGCUACGAAAAAGCCAUCGUCCAGCCUGACAUUAGUAGUCGCGAAGAAGUAGGAGGACUUGAUUUUACACUUUGUACUCGACCCCCCUUUUCCCCACACACACACCAGCUCGGCCUUACCGCCUCCACCUCUGCACCUGUCGACACAGCGGACGUGCGGUAUCUUACACUACUUAUUACAAGCAGCUAUAUUUAUUUAUUUCGUUAACAUUUUCUGCAUUUCAAACCAACUAUUAGUUCCCCGCUGUUGAUUUUAUUGCUUGAGAGAUAUAAAUAUAUUAAGUAUCAGGUGUGUUCCUGCUCCAGAAUCAUUAACCACCUUCGAUACAAAGUGCUAAUUGAGUAUAAGUAUAAAAAACUCUAAUUUUACCACUAAUUAAAAGCUGCCUCACUCAUUCAUCUUUGCAUUAUAAAAAAGUCUACUAUAUAACGUACUGUAUUUCUUGCAUGACAUUUGCUGGGGUUCUACUUUUCUGAGCCUACUCCUCUUUUUUUUUUUAUUUCCCUCAUGUGCCCUUUUUAUGUGUUUAUAUGAAAGUGUGACCUAUUCCAGCACUGGUGAAUGUGCUGAUUCGUGUCAAAUAGGCUCACAAAAUGUCUAUCUAACUAUAUUUGAUGGCUAUUUCUUAUCUCGAAUUCACAUUUUACAAAUCGUCUUGAUCAGUCCAAAGCAAAUUCCUACUUAAUGUAUUUCUAAUAGGUACAUGCAUGUCAAAACUGUAGCUUUGAACUGAGGCGAGAGCUCAGAGUGACUGACUUCUUUAAACAUGGAUUCAGAUUUUCUCCGUCGCCGACGUUUUCCCUUCUUUGAACGCUAAUUUGACCUUUUGUGUUUGUUUUGUUAUAUAUAAAAACACGGCCUGUGUUGUUCUGUCCAAUGCGUCAUACGUGUUCCUGCAGUGAGCUGAUCAGACAUGCUGGUUUGGCUCCAGGCUGCCUCUCUUACCGACGGAGGCGUUCGCCAGCUGUUGCUGACUCGCCUCCGGUCUUCUCCCGUAUAUGUUCUGGCAGCGGUUAUUGUGCAAUUUGCGCGAGGACCUCCUCGUUUUCCCACCUUGACAACCACACUACCUUAUUUACAGUUUGUUGUUGCCUUUGAUUUGUUGCUUUGUAUGACAACUCUGUGCCUCAUGUAUCCAUUCAGUGAACCACGAAUUACAAUUUAUACAUUGAACAAU